UUGGCUCUGCUUACUUCACACUACUUCACUUAAUAUAUAUCUUCCAAUGUUUCUUAGAAUUCUUCAUAUUUGUCAUUUUUAUUGUAAAAUAAUAGUUCGUUGUAUCAAUAUGCCAAGUUUUUUUAGCCAUUCUUCAUUAGUGAGAUUCAAUUUGUUUCCAGUUCUUUGCAACCCCAAAGAGUGCCCUUAUGAAUGUUUUUGUAUAUAAAUAAACUCAGUCGUAGCUUUGGGCUGGUUAUAGAAACAGAGUAUGGUUACAUGGUGUAGUAAUAAGAACUUUGGAUUUGGAAUCAAGAAGACCUAGUGUAGAUUUUCCAUUUUACUGUCCUUUUGAUCUUCAACAAAUUAUUUACCCUCUCUAGUCCUUCUCUUAAUUUGUAAAAUGAGAAAGUAGGAUUCUAAAGGUUCUUGAAGCUCUUAAUAUAUGAAUUGGAAAAUAAUGGUCCUUUAACACAACUUCUAGCUAUAAUUUUUUCACAUAUUUGUUUUUCUUUGCUUUUACGGCUCCAAGAACAUUGAACACAAUCUUGUUCAUUUCAAAGCACCACAUUUUAAGAAGCACAGCUAUUGAAUGAAGAGAUGAAGGUAACUGUCUUAGUGGUGAGAGAGCUCAAAGAUGGGGGUGUUUAGCCUGGAAGCAAAGAUUUAGGGCCACUUGAUUAUUAUUUCUUCUUCAUUGUUUUCUUUCAGCAAGUAGCAAAGAAAUUAGGCAUAUUACUGUUUGAAUGCAAGCAAAGAGCAAAGGUAGGAGCUAUGGGCGCACAUACUAAAAAACAAAAAUAAAAAAAUACUUAAAGUGGUUGCCAUUCUGAUUGCUUUGUGACUGUGUAAAUGUUUGGUAGGAUAGCAGUCCCACAUUUUAUAUAUUGGAGCAAAACUUUUCUAUGAAGUACCCUGUAUGUAAGAGAAGGUAUGUGCCUUCUCUUGAGUCACAUAGCCUGGGGCUCACGAAUCUUGUGUGGAGGAAAUGAGGAGAGGCUGGAGCUGUGAGCUAGGGUGAGGGAUAUGGGAGCACAGGCACGCAGGCCUGUCUCUGGCCCUCUGUUGGGUUUUAUGUCUUUAAUGGCAGCAGGACAAAGACCUCACCUUCAUAAUGAACUACUCUUGAUACUUUAUUUAAUGAAUGACUUCAUAAGGCAAUUGGAGUAGAAGAUUGGGCUGGGAGCUAGGAACAGAUUAUGAGUCAUCCUGCUCUUCAGUAAAUUAGCUGUAUGACUUUGGGCAAAUUACUUAGCUUCUCUGUGUUUCUACCCUAUCUAUAAAAUGGGAGCAGUACCUACCCCUAUUUACCCACCUCUCAGAGUUGUCCUUGAAGAACAAUUCAAUGUAAAUACAAAAUAAUCUAUUAAAAUUUAUGCCAUUGGAUCCAUUAACAACAAUAAGCAUCCAGUGUGUGCUAGAAGCAAAGAAAAAGAAAAGAAAAGAAAGCAAACAUAACCACUAGCUUACAGUCUUAAUGAGAGAAGAAUUCUUAAAGUGCCUGCUGUAUCCCAGGCACUAUUUGGGAUUACAAAUAAGUAAACAAAACAAUUACUACUGGAAAGGAAUUUACAUUCAAACUUCAUAACAGUUAGAGCUAUACUUGAGUAAACAAAUAUUUUUGGUGUUUCAGAAAUCAGUGACAUUCCAGGAUGUGGCUGUGGAAUUCACCUGGGAGGAGUGGGAACAUUUGAACCCAUCUCAGAAAAAUUUGUACAGGGAGGUGAUGCUGGAGAACUAUAGAAACUUGGUCUGUUUGGGAUUUGCAGUUUCCAAACCAGAUGUGAUCAACCAAUUGGAAAUAAAGGAAGCAUCUUGGAUGCCAGAGCCAGAUAUUCCAAGAAGCAGCUAUCCAGAGACCAAAGAAUUUCCUGAAGAGAAACUUUACGAAAGUUGUGACUGUGGGAAGGCUUUUGGGAUAAAGAACUAUCUCACUGUGCAUCAAAGAAUUCAUUCUGGAGAUAUUCUUUAUGAGUGUAAGAAGUGUGGGAAGACCUUCCAUUUCAACUCAGAUCUUAUUGAACAUCAAAAAAUUCAUACUGGAGAAAUGUCUCCUAUAUAUAAUGAAUGUGGAACAUCUUUUGGACAGAAUCCACAACCUUAUAUCUAUCAGAGGAUUCAUAACAUAGAGAUUCUUCAUGAAUGUAAGGAGUGUGGGAAGACCUUCCAUUGCAAUUCAGCUCUCAUUCAACAUCAAAGAAUUCAUACUGGAGAGAAGCCUUAUGAAUGUGCAGUAUGUGGGAAGGCCUUCUGCCAGAAUGCAAAUCUUAUUGUGCAUCAGAGAAUUCAUACUGGUGAGAAACCUUAUAAAUGUACAGUAUGUGGGAAGGCCUUCUGUCAGAAUACAAAUCUUAUUGUGCAUCAGAGAAUUCAUACUGGAGAGAAACCUUACAAGUGUACAGUAUGUGGGAAGGCCUUCUGUCAGAAUGCAAAUCUUAUUAUGCAUCAGAGAAUUCAUACUGGAGAGAAACCUUAUGAAUGUAAUGAAUGUGGAAGAGCCUUCAGGAAGAAGGAAUAUCUUACUGUCCAUCAGAGAAUUCAUACUGGAGAGAAACCUUAUGAAUGUAGUGAAUGUGAUAAAGCCUUCAGGAUGAAGGAGUAUCUUCAUGUACAUCAGAGAAUUCAUACUGGAGAGAAACCUUAUGAAUGUAGUGAUUGUGGGAAGGCUUUCCGGUGUAAAAGACAACUUACUCUGCAUCAGAGAAUUCAUCCUGGAAAGAUUCUUGAUGAGUGUAAGGAAUAUGGGAAGAUGUUCCAUUGCAACUCAGAUCUUAUUCAUCCUCAAAGAAUUCUUGCUGAAGAGAAAUCCUACAAAUCCAGUGAAAGUGAAAAGGCCUUCAAAAUGAAGCCACAACUUAAUCUAUACCAGAGAAUUCAUACUGGAGAAAUUCUUUAUGAAUGUAAGGACUGUGAGAAGAUUUUCCUCUGCAACUCAAAUCUUAUUCAACAUCAGAGAAUUCAUACUAGAGAGAACCUUUAUGAAUGUAGUGAAUGUGGAAUGGGCUUCAAGUGGAAGGCACAUCUUACUGUGCAUCAAAGAAUUCAUACUGGAAAGAUUAUUCAUGAGUGCAAGGAGUGUGGGAAGGCCUUCCAUCACAACUCAGUGCUUAUUCGACAUCAAAGAAUUCAUACUGGAGAAAAACCUUAUCAAUGUAAUGAAUGUGGGAAGUGUUUUAGGAGGAAAGCACAUCUUACUGUCCAUCAGAGAAUUCAUACUGGAGAGAUUCUUUAUGAAUGUAAGGAGUGUGGGAAGGCUUGCCCCUAUAAUUCAGAACUUAUUCGACAUCAAAGAAUUCAUACAGGAGAGAAACCUUAUGAAUGUAAUAUAUGUGGGAAGGCCUAUAGGAUCAAAGGACAUCUUACUGUGCAUCAGAGAAUUCAUACUGGCAUGAUUCUUUCUGGAUGUUAGUGAUUUCCAUCAAAACUCAGAUCUUAUUCAACAUCAGAGAAUUCAUACUGGACAAAAUCUUUAUGAAUAUUCUAUCUUUGGAAGGAAGUUACAUCUUACUGUGCAUCAGAGAAUUCAUAUAGGAGAGAUUCUUUGUGAAUGUAAGGAGAGUGGGAAGAGCCCCUAAAUGAUUAGAUUCUGAUUCUGAUUCCCUACAUGAAAUUCAGGGAGUCCUUAUUUAGUCCUCAUGGGAGAAGGUCAUAGUUCUAUCCUCUACAGAGGCCUUUAAGGGAGGCAAAGAUUUAGUGUUUUCCUGAGAAGUUAUGCUGCCAAAGGAUGAAGAUGAUAAAUGGAUGGUGGUAUUGGGAGAUGGACAGAGGGCAGCUAUGAUAUUGUCCCAACUUAUAAUAUUUUAUAAAGCAGUUUGGAAUAAUCAGGGCCCAAUACAUAGUUCUUCAAAUUCUGUCAUUCUUUUGGCUGUGUCUCUUUUUCUUUUCUUUCUUUCUUUUUAAUUAAGAUUUUAUUGGCAUGUCUCAAAAACCAUCAAAAGCCAUAAAUUAUGCAGUUACACAAUUGAGAAUUCCUAUUUCUUUAAGAAGUAAUGAGAAGUAAAUAAUAUUCCAACAUUUCAGUCUGAAGCCCAAUUCUUCAGAGAUAGCAAAACUAGCAAUAGUUGAAUCAAUUUGUGUAAAAACUUAAGGGAAAAAAUGGAGGAGGAAUUUAACUCUUUUCUAUCAAUGCAUUAUGUUUCUGACCUUUGUAAAGCAGUAAUCAGAAAGUACAUCUCUUUAUGAGCUAGCAUAAAAUGCAAGAUAAAUCCAAAAGACAGUAGUAAGUAGCAUUUGAUUUAAGUUUUCCUCCAUAAUAUUUUCCUUUGAUAUUAUCUUCUCCCAAACCACCCUCCUUUCUAAGUUAAUAGUGUUAACUCUAUAAAUUUGGAACUUUCUCCUAAAGAAGCUAAACCCAUUUAUCAUAGCUUCUUUUUAAAAUUUUUUGUAAUAAUAGUUUUGAUUUUCAAAAUACAUGCAAAGAUACUUCUUAAGAUUCACCCUUGCUAAACCUCGUGUUCCAAAUUUUUUUCCCUCUUGUAUGAAUAAGAAAAUUUAUGAUUCAGAUUCACACUUACAAUAAGACACACAAGAAAAAGAAGAUAGAUGUUUUAAUGAUUUAUAGAAAAGGCAAAUGCAUAGGCAAUUUGCAGUAACAGCAACAAUAGCUAAAAGCCUUAAUACUAAUGUAAUUCUAGCAAUACUAAUGUAAAUAUAAAAAGUAGUAGAAAACAUUGCCAAUUCAGAGGAAUACCAACUCCUGAGUCUUUCAUCUGGGAGAUUCCAGAUUCCAAUUCUCAGGUUCCCCAAUGGGAAAAUCCCAGGCAGAAAAUAGGUGAGAUUCCAAAGCUAGUAAGGUAUCACAGUCAUUUAAAUAGUGGGAACAAAGAAGGCGCUGUGUGUGUAGCGAUUGUGUUAUGGUUCCUCACUUGGGUCUGGCCUAAGUCCAAGUGAUGCUCCUUUAAUGGUCAACAUGUUUUGCAGGAACUUGGCCGAGUUUCUGCAAAAUAUUUGAGGAGAGCAAUCAGGAGGUCGGCCAUCCUCCUACCUCACAAUCUUUUCUGGCUCACAGCCCGCCCCCUGUUCCUCAGUUCUCAGGAUUUAAUUAGAUUGGUGCUCAAAUGUAUUUAUUUAGUGGGGCAGAUAUUUUCUUUAGGCAUUGGAGUCACCCAGAAGAUACAACAGCUUUCAUGCUGGACCUGUACAGAGACUUGGAAGAACUUCUAAUCUAUAUUAAUCAUUCAUCUCCCCUCCCCUAUGCUCCUCCCUAAACAGCAAGUAAUCCAAUAUACAUUAUAUAUGUGCAAGUCUACGAAACAUUUUUCCACAUUUAUCAUGCUGCACAAAGAAAAUCAGAUCAAAAAGGGAAAAAAAGAGAAACAAAACAAGUAACAAGGUGAAAAUAAUAUGUUGUGAUCCACAUUCAUUCACCAUAGUCCUCUUUCUGUAUGCAGAUGGCUCUCCAUUAAAAUUCUAUUGGAAUUGACCUAUCAGAUCUUCUUAAUGAUGUCUGUUCUUGCUAGAUGAAUUUUUACUAAAAUACAUAUUUUCCUCUUUAUAAGGGAAAAAGGCACAGAAAAACUCCUUAUUUUUCUUCUAAAUAAUAUAAUAGAUGAAGAUCUGCUGUGGAUUUUAAAUCAAAAUUUGUUUUCAGAAUUGCAAAUGAACUCUGUUAAUGCAAAUUUGUUUUUAUUGGGCACAUAAUCUUUUUUAAAAUAGCUUUUUAUUUUUUCAAAUAUAUACAAAGAUAAUUUUCAACAUUCACUUUUGUAAGGCCUUAGGUUUCAAAUUUUUCUCCCUCCUUUUCUUCCUCGCUCUCUUAGACAGCAAGCAAUCCAAUAUAGGUUAAACAAGUGCAGUUGUUGUUUUAAAAAAAAAACAACAACAAAAAAAAACCUGUCACUUCACUGGGUACAUCCCUGAACUCAUGGAACACUGAUUAAAGCAACCCCAAUAUACUUGAUCCCAUUGGACUUCCAGAACCCCAGGAUUCCACAGGAAAAUAUGGACUCACUGCUUCCAGCUCCAAGGGACCACUUCCCCAAACAAGCCCCACCAGCAAAGACCAUCCGCUGGGGAGCUCCUCAAGGAGGCAUUAUGAUCAGCUCAACGCGCAACUUCGCCAGAGACUUAAGUCCAAAAUUUGUCGGUCACCAACCCUUCCACGUUCCAAGACACAGCAACAGCUUAUGGACACCCAAGGACCCCAAAACAUUUUUCUUCACAUUCAGCAUUUUUUUUCCCUGAGUCACAAGCAGAAAAAUUCUCUGCCCCCAUCCAGGAUAAGAAUCUUAGAAGUUUAUUUUUUUUUCCCCAUUUUUUUUUUUUUUUUGGCAAACAUAUUUCAUUUUUCCAAAUAAAUGUAAAAAUAGUUUUCCACAUUCAUUUUUUUUAAUUUUUCCAUAUUUGUCAUGCUACACGAAAAAAAUCAAAUCAAAAGGGGAAAAACAAAUAAACAAUAACAAUAAAAAGGUGAAAAUACUAUGCUUUAAUCCAAAUUCAAUCUCCAUAGUUCUCUCUCUGGAUGCAGAUGGUUCUCUCCAUUACAAGUCUAUUGGAAUUAUCUUGAAUCACCUCCUUGUUGAAAAAAGCCAAGUCCAUCACAAUUGAUCAUCACAUAAUCUUGUUAUUACUAUAUAAAAUGUUCUCUUGGUUAUACUCACUUCACUUAGCAUCAAUUCAUGGUAAGUCUUGCCAGGCUGCUCAUUAUUUCUUCUAGAACAAUAACAUUCUAUUACAUUGCAUUCAUACACCAUAACUUAUUCAGCCAUUCCUCAGAUGGCGAGCAUCCACUCAGUUUCUAGUUCCUUGCCACUACUAAAGUCUAUUACAAACAUUUUUGCACAUGUGGUUCUUUUCCCCUUAUUAUGAUCUCUUUGGAAUACAGAUCCCUUAGCACUAUUGCUGGAUCAAAAGGUAUGCACAGUUUGAUAUUACUUUGGGCAUAGCUCCAAAUUGCUCUCCAGAAUGGUUUACAACUCCACCAACAGUGCAUUAGGGGCACAUAAUCUUAAGUCAGUUUUUUUUUUUCCUUUUUGGACAUUCUAUUUUGUCUUUAGUAGUAUUUUAUUUUAUUCCAAUUACACAUAAAGACAAUUUUAAAUAUUUAUUAUUUUAAAAUUGAAUUCCAAAUUUUCUCCCACCCUCCUUCCUUAUCCCUCCUUUUGAUGGUAAAUUGUUGGAUACAAUUUUGUUUCUGAAAUUCUGCAAAACAUAUUUUUAUGUUAGUCAUGAUGUAAAAAGAAGAAACAGCCUGGGCUUUUUGGGUUAUAGCUUUUACCUUUUGCGUUUUUGCAAGUCUUAGUUUCCAUUAGUUUAAAGAUUUCAGCCUGAUCCUUGUAGUCAUUAUUUUAUUCCUUAGAUAUUCAUAGAAUCAUUAUUGAAAAUUAUCAUUUUACCAGCCUUUGCAUAAGUAUGGAAUUCUUUGUAUUUCAGUUGUUUUUCUUCUUUGUGCAAGGCAGUUAAGGUUAAGUGACUUGCCCAGGUCACACAACUAGGAAAUGUUAAGUGUCUGAGUAAGGUUGCAUUUGAAUUAUGGUCUUCCUGACUCCCCUGCAUCAUUUAGCUGCCCCCUCCCUCCCCCUCGGUUUCAAUUUUUAUAUAAUGGAUGAUACCAAAAGAAAAGAGCAAGAAAAAAAGCUUUUCUUAGAAUGGAAUCCAUAUGAAAAGUGUUGUGAGUGACCUGAAGCAUUCAAGGAUCAUCUUAAGAGCAAAGCAGGCUAUGUUUGAAGUGAUGCACAAGUUUUUUGAGAAAACAGAGGCAUCUGCUUUUAUAGCUCAUAGCUAUUUUGGAACUAGGUCUGAGUUUCUAAUCAUUAAUUGAAUAGUUUGUAGAAGGUGACACUUAUUAAGAAAGUCUAUGACCAUAUUGAUAACAAAAACAACAGAAACCACAUAAUUAUCCCAAUAAUAUUUAUUCUUAUUAAAAACAUUAGAAAGCCUAUGAAUAGAGCCUUUCUUAAAAUAAGUGUCUAAGCCAAGUAUCUAUCCAAAACCAAGAGCAAGUGUCUGUAAUAGGGAUUUCCAGUAAGAUCAGGUUAAGAUAGGAAUAUAUAUUAUCACCACUAUAAUUUAGUCUUGUUCCAGAAAUGCAAGCUAUAGCAGUAAGAAGGAAAAUGAAAUUAAAAGAGUGAAAAUAAGCAUCACUCUUUGAAGAUGAGAUGAUCAGGAAGACAUAGAAAAGAAAUCCAUUUAAAAUUGCCUGCAGACUAUUUAAAACACUUAGGAGCCUACCUACCAAGAUGAACCUAGGAACUAUAUAAAAAUAAUUACAAAACACUUUUCACAAAAGUGAAGAUAGAGCUAAACAGCUAGAGAAAUACUCAUUUUGGGGUCAGCUGGGUAACACAGUGGAUAGGGCACCAGCCCUGAAGUCAGGAGGACCCAAGAUCAAAUCUGACCUCAGACACUCAGUACUUCCUAGCUGUGUGACCCUGGGGAAGUCACUUAACUCCAAUUGCCUCAGCAAAAAAAAAAGAUAUUCAUUGCUCAACGAUAAUAAGUCAAUACAAUAAAAAUGAUUGUGAAGCAAGGCAAUUUAGCAGUUCCAUGUUUCAAACAAUACUACAAAGCAGUAAUCUUUAAAACAAUCUGAUAAACAAGAAAUAGAGUGGUGGAUAAAUAGAUUAGGUACACAAUAUAUAGUAGUAAAUGAACCCCUUAGUACUUGAUAAGCCCAAUGAUUAAACUUUGGGGGGCAAGAACUCCCCAUUUGACAAAAAUUGCUGAGAAAACUAGCUUGGUAGGAACUAGACAUAGAUUUACAUCUCAAACUGUAUACCAACAGAAGGUGAAAAUGGGUGAAAAAUUUAGACAUAAAAGAAUAUCAGCAAAUUAGAGGAGCAUGAAAAUGUAUCAGAUUUAUGGAUAAGAGAAAAGGUUAUGACCAAGAAUAUCACAAAGUAAAAUAAUUCAAUUUUGAUUAUGUGAAAUUCUAAAAAUUUUGUGUGCACACACACAACCCACGCAGCCAAAGUUAGAAAAAAAGAAACUGAAAUAUAUAUAUCAAGCUUCUUUAAUAAAGAUUUGAUUUCUUUAAUAUAUAAAGAAAUAAGACAAAUUUGUAAAAAUAACAGCAAUUCCCCAAUUGAUAAUUGACAAUUUUCAGAAGAGCUUAAAGCUAUCAAUAGUUACGUGAAAAAAAUAAUUUAGAGAAAUGCACAUUAAAACAACUCUGAGAUACUACCUCACACCUAUUAUAUUGUCUAACAUGACAGAAAAAGAAAAUGACAAAUGGUGGUAAGAAUGGUUUAAUCAUUUCUGGAGAACAAUUUGGAACUAUUUACCAGAGGCUAUAAAACUGCAUCAUCCCCUUCCACCCAGUAAUACCACUACUACCUUUGUAUUCCAAAGACAUCAUUUUUUAAAAAGGGAAAAGUACUUAGGUGUACAAAAAAUACUUUUAGUAGUUUUUCUGUGUAUGAAUGGUAGCAAAAAAAAAAAAAAAAAAAAAGGAAAAUUGAGGAGUUGUCCAUCAGUUGCGAAGUAGCUAAACAAAUUUUGUAUAUUGCUGUGAUGAAACACUAUUGUGCUAAAAGAAAUAAGAACAAUUUGAGAAAAACCUAGUGAGCACACCCUUGUAUCUUGUACACAGUAAUGGUAAUUAUAAGAUGAUAAACUAAAAGACUCCGAUCAAGACAAUAAUCCAAGACCAGUCCAAAGCUCUCAAAAUGACUGUUCCCCUCCAGAGAGAGAACUGAGGAACUCUUGUCUCUUGAGUGCAGCCCAGUACAGACAAGACAGUAGGAGACACUUACCCACAGCAUAGAUUACCCUUCAAGUCUGGUUUAUAAGGCCAGCUGUAAGGCUUCCUGCCUUAGUGCAGAAGGAAAUUGUGAUUCCUGAAACCCUGUGCAAUUAGGCCAAUCCAUCCCAACAAAGUAGGGAAGCCACAAGCUCCUGAAGUCCCAACAUGGAAAGCCUUGACCAGUCUUAAAAGCAGAAUUAAGCAAAUAGAAAAAGAGGUACAAAAUCCAUUGAAGAAAAGAACUCUUUUAAAAAGCAUAAUUGUCCAAAUGGGAGAAGAGGUACAAAAGCUCUUGGAAGUGGAUAGAGCACCAGCUCUGAAGUCAGGAGGACCUGAGUUCAAAUCUGGCCUCAGACACUUACCUAGCUGUGUGACUCUGGGCAAGAAUCCCCAGUUGCCUAGGGGGAAUAAAAACCUCUUGGAAGAAAAUAAUUCUUUAAUAAUUAGACAAGUAGAAAUUAAUGACUAUGAGUCAGCAAAAAGUGAGUUUAAAAAUCAAAAGAAUGAGAAAAUAGAAGAAAAUGUAAAAUAUCUGAUUAGAAAAACAAUCGACUCAGAAAUAGUAGAUCCAAGAGAGUUAAUUUAAGGGUUAUUGGACCACCAGAAAGUCAUCAUCAAAAAAAGACCUAGACAUUUUCUUUCAAGAAAUUAGCAAGGAAAACUGUUCUGAUAUUUUAGAAUCAGAAGGUAAAAUAGAAAUCAAAAGAAUCUACCAAUCUACCUCCUGAAGGAGAUGCCAAAAUGAAAAUCACCUAGAAUAUUAUAGCCAAAUUCCAGAGUUCCUAGGUCAAGGACAAAAUAUUGCAAGUAGCUGGAAAGAAACAAUUCAAGUGUCACGAAGCUACAAUCAGGAUUACAUAAAUUUUAGCAGUUUUUGCAUUAAAGGAUGGAAAGGCUUGGAAUAUGGUAUUCGGUGGGACAAAAGAGCCAAGAUUACAACCUAGAAUCUACCAGGAAAAAUAUAGCUAAUAAAAUAGAGGAUUUUCAGACUUUCCUGAUGAAAAGACCACAGCUGAAUAGAAAAUUCAAUCUUCAAAUGCAAGACUGAAGAGAAGCAAAAAAUGAUAAACAGGAAAGAAAAAAACAUGUUAUUAAACAAGAUUAAACUACUUACAUCCCUACAAGGGAAGAUGAUAAAAGUAACUCUUGAGGUUUGUAUCUCUUUUAAGGCAGUUAGAAGCAUAUAUAGAGGAUGUAGGUAUGAGAUGGCUUUGAUAUGAUAAUAUAAAAUUAAAAUUAAAAGGAGUAAAAAACAAAUAUUGUACUAGGAGAAGAACAAGUGGGAAGUAGAAUACAGCAAUUACAUCAUUUGAAGACCCUGUUACAGUAGAGGGAAAGAAGGCAGGGGGUAAACAUGAUUUGAACCUUAUUGUCAUCAAAUUUAGCAUAUAUACUCAUUUGGAUAUAGAAAUUUGUCUUAUCUAUAGCAAAGCUUAAAGUGUGGAUUGUGAGCCCAUUGGGGGCUGUAUAAAAAUGUGGGGGGUCACAAAAAUAUUUGGCAACAGUCAAAGGUAUCAAAUAUACUACCACAUUUUAAUUCUUUAUGUAAAAAAAAAACACAUCCAUCUCAUUAACAAGGAAAUUUGCUUUCAUAUUUAAUAAAUGGUAAAAAUUAUAUGUGUAAAAGAAUUGUUUUAAAAUAAACUUCUUUAUCAUCUAUUAUCAGCAAA